AUGGUCAAGGACUUUCAUGUGGCCAAUGACUCCGACGCUUCUUUCUACGCCGGAAUCCUGGUCUCGGCCUUUUCUCUCGCCGAGGCCCUCACCGGGAUGUUUUGGGGUAAUCUCUCCGACCGCAUCGGCCGCAAGCCUGUCCUGAUCUCUGGAUGCUUCGGUACAAUGGUGUCGCUUCUCCUGGUGGGCUUCGCUCCCAACUUCUGGGUUGCCUUGUUCGGGAGAGCCCUCGGAGGCGCACUGAAUGGAAACAUUGGCGUCAUCCAGACCAUGGUCGGAGAAUUGGUCAAGCGACCAGAACAUGAGCCUCGAGCCUAUGCUGUGAUGCCUUUUGUCUGGUCAAUCGGUACCAUUGCAGGGCCUGCGCUGUCCGGCAUUCUGGUCAAGCCGGCAGAGGGAUUUCCAUCCUGGUUCGCUCGGGACGGCUUGUUUGGUAUCUACCCUUACCUGUUGCCCAAUCUUGUCUGCGCCAUCCUGCUCCUCCUGAGCAUUAUUCUCAGCUGGGUCUUCUUGCAGGAGACUCACCCUGACAUGCAGCCAUUGGAUGGUACUGCCAAGUUCAACUGUACAUCAGUGGAAAGUCCUCUGCUGGCGACUGCUGGUGCAACUGCCAAUGCAGGGGCAGAUCUGAGAGCGGAAUCGUAUGGAACCUUCAACGAAAUCCAUCUCCAUAGAGAUGAGGACUGGAUGGUGCGGUCUGAUGGCUCCAAACCGGAAGCCAUCCCUCAGAAACAGACAAUCUUUACGUGGCGGGUUACCAUGCUGGUCGUCGCCUUGGCCAUCUUCACCUAUCAUUCGAUGACCUUUGACCACCUUCUGCCCAUCUUCUUGCAAGACAAACACGCAGACAGUGUUUCGAUAUUGAAGCAGUCGGCUUUCAACUUCCCCGGUGGCCUUGGCCUAUCAAUUCGGACGGUAGGCUUCAUUAUGUCCACGGACGGCAUCAUCGCUCUCGUCAUUCAGAGUGUCAUCUUUCCCGCGUUGGCGCAUUAUCUGGGGGUGUGGAAGCUUUUCGUGAUUGUGACCGUGCUCCACCCGGUGGCCUAUUUCAUGGUCCCAUUCCUCAUCUUCGUUCCCCAGAAGCUUCUAUUCGUCGGGAUCUACACAUGUCUGGCUGUCCGAAAUCUGCUGUCCAUCAUCGACUAUCCGGUCUUGCUGAUCCUGAUCAAGCAAGCAAGCCCGUCCGACUCAGUCCUCGGGAAGAUCAACGGUCUGGCCGCUUCUGCAGGAGCCGCAUCCCGCACCAUCGCCCCGCCAGUUGCUGGGUAUCUGUACAGCACGGGGUCGGAAAUUGGAUUCACCGCCCUUGCCUGGUGGGGAAGUGCGCUUGUCGCCAUUAUCGGUGCCGUGCAGCUGUGGUUUAUUGAGCAGAAGAAACAUGCAUCGGUCUCGGUCCAGCCUGUCGCACACUGCCAUUACAUUGCAGAAGACUCCCACGACCAUAAGGAGACCGUCCAUAUCAUCGUGACCGAUGUUGACGGAAAUACAGAAUCCGCAUGA